GCAAUGUCGUUGAGUUUCUUUUACUUAACGAGUCUGUACUAGGACUUGCGAUAGUGCAGUAUUUCGCACUUAGGCUUUAUCAUCUUUAGUAAAGGAUUGUGCAACGAUGUCUGUGCCGUUAGAGCGAUGAAUGAGGUUCGUUGGUCACCAUGGGAUGUGGCAAUUUCCUGGCCGGUGCAUGCAUUCUGCCUCCGCAUGGGCCAGUAGUUUUUGGAACGCAUACGUUUUAUUUUUCCGCACAUGCAGUCGUAACUGAAAGGCCACACGACGAACAUCAACUUCCGAUUUCUUAGAGGCUGAUUCCGCUAUGGUCGUGGUCAAAUGACAUUCACGAUUCUGCUUCUGCGGAGAAACCAGAUGAAAAAAACUCGCUCAUUGUAGAAUUCAAUUCUGGCGCAGCACCAGCGAGAUGUCGCUACGGUUCACCUUGUUUUGUCUGCUUCAGCUAGCAUGCCUUUGGUCCGUUCUCCUCGCGCAGUUCGCUCCUCCAGUUGGAGACAGUGCGAAGAUAAUCGAGUCGCCGCAUCUCGAAUUUCCGGACUACGAUUGUCUCACUGUGCCGCCAUCACGGGGACUAGAAGGCCGGCGUUGGUCGGACUGGCUCAUAGACUUAAGAAUGGUAUCUCACGAAUACGCUGUUAUCUAGGGAGGUAACUCGUAUGCCAAUUAUAUAUAAUUGUGAAAUCGGGGUUGCUAUUUGAAACUCUGUAGAUCAUAUGGACCUUCACAAGAUCUACAACGAAGCGGCAAAGCAACGGCAGGGCCAACAUGAUAAAAAUGUCUACUACUAACACACGUAAAGACUCUAAUACAAAUCUUUGAGGGGCGACCCGCGAGAGAGUGGAUUACUGCGUCCAACAAGUACCUUGCCGCGAUCGACCGGUUGGACUAUGAGGGUUGGCAAGAACUGCGACACGAGUGUCCCUACGGGUUCGCAACUUUUCUGAGCAUCUAUCUGAUGCAAUGUAUGUUGCAGCACCGAAACCAGUUUCACGCCGUGUAUGAGGCGUUGAAGACCGUGGACCUGCAAACCAUGAUUGUAGACCUGCCUGAGAACACCGCUCAACAUUCAUCACAGGAGUCACCAGAGGGAAUAACUUCAUCAAGAUCGACCACAAAGGAUGAUAUUCGCGCUCAGCAUGCAGAGGCCUUGAACGCCGAGUACAGCUGUUAUGGAAGUUUCAUGACUGGAAAUUUCUUCAAAGACAUUUUGACGGAGCACCCGCCGCGAAUUCUACUUGGCACUCGCUGGCCCGUCCUCACCGCAUUGUCAGCACGCAAUCUGUUCAAUUCCUUGCUGGGACACAAUUUUUGGGCUGAUCGCAAGAAGAACUGCCUAGACCUGCCGGUGGAAGAGCAAACGGCGGACUGGCGCAAGCUUCAACGUGCAUUUUGGCGUCAUGACGAGGUGCAUCAUCCACAUACUGGUGAGGUCGUCGAUUAUGUGCUCAGCGGCUCAGGGGGGCUGGAAAGCCGGAAGCCUGACCCCGACUGGUACCUGCCCAGUUUGCGCUUCGUUUUUCACAGCAAGCUGAAGAAUGGUGCCGGCUACGAGGAGUGUCCCUUAGGCUUCUUUCUGGUCGAGGUGCUGCGCGCUUUCAUCGCGAUGACUACUGAGAGCCGCUUUUUCCUCUUGAACGAGCCGACCAUGCUCGAACUCUUUCGCACACACGAACCCGGGGACUGGCUCUUUGCCAGGUGGCCAUUCACUAUGAUGUUGUCGCACAUCCGACAAAGCACAAGACACAAGUUCAAGUUCGAUUUUAACUCGCGGGAAUUUGUAGAAUCGAUUGAUUUUGGCGCGUGGCCAUCAUCAUCCACCGUUCGCGAAACAGAUUUAUACUCGGUAGACCCUCGAAAAAAGCGAAAGCCUCGAGAUGUUGUAGACAGAAGUGGUCCGAUGGGAAUAGCUAAAACUAGUGCCCCGACGCGGUCGGUGGACUACGCGCGUUCACUCCCACCUUCAUCGUUCGAUGUUUCAUCAGAAGCGUCUGCAGAACUCGAGAAAGCGAGAGGAGAUCAAAUUGAAGCAACAUCAGCAUCAAGAAAACUUGAUGUGCCAAUACGAGCACAGACUCAGACGGACAAGUACCAGGCCAUAGUACCAGAAAGCUUGAGCACAACGGGUCGAUUGAAAUUUUUAGCGCUUCACGGCUCUGAACUGCACCGCAAUGUAGCAGAGGUACUAGCGCAGAUGCCUGACAUUUGGCGUGGUGGCCAAAGCAUCGAAUUCGAACCACAAACGGGGGAGGAUGAGGAACUUGGUCAUGCGUCAAUUCUACUUGACAACGGAGAGUUGCCGGCAAAUCACCCGGGACGUCGCGGCCCCCAGGUCUUUCCUUCACCAGGAUUUGCUUUCACGACCAUGGUGUAUGGGAAAACGUUUAGGUCGUAUUUGAAGGCUUUCUUGAAACGUUGGCACACCGUGACUGGGGGUCUGCGCAACAUGGUAGUGUUCACGCUUGGCGACGACGAGUGCUACACCCUUUGCCGGCGAACAGGCGCAGCGGGUUGCGUGCGCGGUGGAACGCCGGGCAUCAUGCAAAAGUUCACGAUCCCUUGGGUACUCGCUUUACACGGCGUGGACAGCGUGUGGGUGGACUUCGACGUUUAUCCGGUCCAAGAUCCAACUUACUAUAUCUUAGAGCACCAGAAUCGGCUGAUGCACGCGGACCAGGAGCCGGACGCGGAUGCUGUCACUGCGAGCGGUAUCUUUACGCCGCGCUUCUCACAGAACCCAGGCGGCUACGAGAUUCUCAUCAGCGGCUCUUUCGCCUCGCAUUGCAUCUGCAGUGGCAUCGUCUACUUCAAGGCAACGCGCAACGUGGUGGCGUGGCUCGUAGACGUCCUCAGCUGGAUGUACGAGCACCCCUACGAGCACGACCAAAAGUGUUUCUCCGCAUAUCUGAAUUUUACGGAGCCGAUUACGAUGAAAUGGUGGCAGCUUCCGCGCAGCGGGCCGCUUCCACGGUGGAGCACGCUGGAUCCGCGGGAGCAUUUCAUCACGGCGGCCGUGGUCGAGGGUAACGGAUGGAUGGCAUCAAGUUGGCGCCAGAUCGUCCUCUUCCAUUUUCUCCACGGCGACUCGGACAAGGGCAGCGGUCUCGACUUCAGCGGGGCGUGGCUGCAGGACAGUGACGUGUACGCGAAAAUGAUCAACUCGACCGCGCCGGACCAACAAGUAGAGAAUGCUGAACUUAAUAACACAGAGAGACAACAGCCUCCAUCAUCUGAAUCGGACACUGUAGAUGAGGGACAGGAGCAUGCGGAUACGCCACUCGCAAAAAAUGUAACCCUUAUGGAACGUUUUUACGGAGCAAAAGCCAGCACGGCGACUCGCAUCGAUGCGUUGGAACUUUCUAGACAACUUGAGAGGAAAACGGUUCUCGACGGCCUCACCUGCGGCGUCAUUGCUUAUCCGCUUAACGACCUCACAGGAAAAAAAAACUCGAAAAUGGAUGCGAGCGCAUUCCCGAGAUGAACAACUAAUGAAGAUCAACGUCAGAUAAAUCACGACGCACACAAAUUAUGAGCAAAAUUGAUUUAAGAAUUCCGCUAUUUCAUUUUUCAUCGAACUGUCAUGGUCAUCGAAAAUACAUUUUUCUGUUCUUGGCCCUUGUCUACAUAGCCGGACGUUUCAACUCAGAUGUCAUCACUCUCCUCGGUACAUCAGGAGUUUUUAUUUGACAAAUAACGAUUUGUGUUUGUUGAGCAGCUACUAACAGCUUGAUCAUCACAUUGGAACCGAUGAAUCACGACGCGGCAAACAAUAUGCUCUGGUUGAAGCUGAGGUGUCUUUACAAGACUCUAGGGUUCACAUGGC